CAUCACAGCAGCAGCUCACGCAGAAACUGCCUGGAAGGUUCUCCUGUGUCACAAAGGAGCACAAAGAACCCUCCCAGGCACAGCCUAUGGCCCAAAGGAUCCAAGAGGAACUCUGAAAAUGCAGCAACCGUGUGGCACCAUUUGGGGUUCACCCUCUAUGGGGAGACAGCAGCCAGGUACUGGAACAGCGACCCACACGUUAAGGAGCAAAACAGGACUGGGGUGGACUGGCUCUGCCGGUACAACUACGAGUAUCUCACCGGACUGGCUCUGCCGGUACAACUACGAGUAUCUCACUGGACUGGCUCUGCCGGUACAACUACGAGUGUCUCAGCCCGUUCCUCCUGGGGCACCGAGUGCUCCCCAGCGUGGUGCCCUCGAGCUCCCGGCCGGGGCUGCUCCCUGAUGGAUUUCUACCCUGCCCACACCCAGCUGAGGUGGCUCCAGGGCCAGCAGGAGCUCUCUGUGGUGGCCACCGACAUGGCCAACAAGGACUGGACCUACCAGCUCCUGGUGCUGCUGGAAACCCCCCCCUGGCACGGGCUCACCUACACCUGCCAGGUGGAGCACGUCAGCCUGGAGCACCCCCUGAGCCGCCACUGGGACCCCCCAGAGAUGCCGCCAGACGCCGCCUGCAGCAAGAUGCCCACAGGGAUCGGGGACUCAGAGUUGGGCUUUGUCUUCCUGGCACUGGGGCUCGGCUUCUGCCUGCACAAGAAGCUCCUGAGCCGCCGGCGCACGCAGCCGCUCCCCGCGGCCAAGGGCCCAGCCGGGACCCCCCGCUCCGUCCCCAUGAUGAUUUUGGGGGGUGGUCGUGUGUCCCCCCAGCCCUGCUGUCACUCUGCCCCUGCCCGCCUGCUCCCCGUCUUCCCAGUAAAGCUUCCCAGUUAAACCCA